AUGUCACAAGAAGGUGAAGUUUUGGGAGGUUCGGUGAAGAAGCGGAAGCUGGACGGGGUGGGAUCUGCCGAGGUUCUGAGUCCUCAGCCGCUGCGGCAAGUGAGAGCCCAGCAGAGCUGUAAGCAGUUUUGGAAGGCUGGGGAUUAUGAAGGAGCUCCUUGCAGCGAUAAUCAUACUUCUGCUGCUGGUGAGAUGGACCGUGUUAGGGUUCAUCCCAGAUUUCUGCAUUCCAAUGCAACAAGUCACAAGUGGGCUCUCGGUGCUUUUGCCGAGCUGUUAGACAAUGCAUUGGAUGAGGUUUGUAGUGGUGCUACGUACGUUAAUGUCGAUGUGCUUGAAAGCAAGAAAGAUGGAAGCAGAAUGUUGGUGAUCCAAGAUGAUGGCGGUGGUAUGGAUCCGAAAAAGAUGCGACACUGCAUGUCGUUGGGGUAUUCGGUGAAAAGCAAAGUUGCAAAUACUAUCGGACAGUAUGGAAACGGUUUUAAGACGAGUACUAUGAGGCUAGGAGCAGAUGUGAUCGUGUUUUCGCGCUGCGAAGGAAAAGAUGGAAAAAGCAAUACGCAGAGCAUCGGGUUGCUGUCUUACACGUUCUUGAAGAGCACGGGAAAGGAAGACAUAGUAGUUCCCAUGCUUGAUUAUGAGAAGAGAGGAGGAGGAGCUUGGCGCAAAAUGUUUCGAUCCUCCGAAAGUUCUGAAAGUGAUUGGAAGAAAAAUGUGGAGACAAUAGUUCAGUGGUCGCCAUUUUCAAGCGAAGAAGAGCUGCAUCAUCAGUUCUUAAUGAUUAAAAACCAUGGCACCCAAAUAAUCAUAUACAACCUUUGGGAGGAUGACGAAGAUCAGUUGGAGCUUGAUUUUGACACCGACCCUCAUGAUAUUCAACUCAAAGGUGUCAAUCGAGACGAGAAGAAUAUACAAAUGGCUCAAGAUUAUCCCAACUCGCGGGUUUUCUUGACCUACCAGCACUCGUUGAGGAGCUAUGCAUCGAUUCUCUAUUUGCGGCUUCCCCCUAACUUUCGGAUCACCCUUCGUGGGAAAGAAGUUGAGCACCACAACAUAGUGAAUGAUAUGAUGAUGUCCCAGCAAGUCACGUAUCGGCCAACCGGUGCUAACGGGAUCCAAACAAAUGCAAAUGCGAUUGCUGUUGUCACCAUUGGGUUUGUAAAGGAUGCAAAAUCUCAUAUCGACGUCCAGGGGUUCAAUGUUUAUCACAAGAAUCGACUGAUUAAGCCGUUUUGGAGGCUUUGGAAUGCUGCAGGAAGCGACGGCAGGGGUGUUAUGGGUGUUUUAGAAGCUAAUUUUGUUGAACCAGCUCAUGAUAAGCAGGGGUUUGAGCGUACAACAGUUCUUUCGAGACUCGAGAAACGAUUGAUAACGAUGCAAAAGGAUUACUGGAGUACUAACUGCCACGAAAUUGGGUAUGCUCCGCGACGUAAUAAGAAGAUCAUUAACGACUCUGCAAAUCGUAAAGAAACCAGUCCUGAUCCUCCAUCUAACACGGAGGCUACCAUGUCAGGCAGCAAGAAGAGACCAUUUUCGGGUCGUGAUUCAAUCGCAUUUCAGAGUGUUGGUUCAAAAGCUUCCGAAAGGAUCACCAACGACAGAGUCCAAACCCCCAAGCAAUCUGGGACAUUAGGAUCAUCAAGGUCUUAUGAACCAUCGGCACCACCUUCGGCAGCCAACGUUAGCGGUGCAGGCAUGCAUGUUACCGUGUCUGAUAAGCAAGUGGGUGGCAGACAUCAUGAGGGAUUUGCUGCUAAAGAAGACUCUGCAAAAGAUCGCCCACGUGUUGCAACUCGGUUAUCUUGGGCAACUCGGUUAUCUUCACAUACGGAAGCUACUGAACAAUCUUGUUCACCAAGUAGCCCAGGAGCUAGUUCACUGGACGGUCAUGAUGUCAAUGGUGGGCGUUCCCGCUUGGAGCGUGAUCGAGUUGUAGGGGUGCAGCAAUUGAAAAUAGCAUAUAUCAAACUCAAGAAAAUUUUGGAGAUAAAGGAUCAAAGGUGCAAGUCACUUGAAACUCAGCUCCUAGCGUCACAACAAAAAAUUACAGAAAUGAACAAUGAACAAGAUAACCUAAUUGGCAUAUUUUCCGAGGAGAGGGAGCGUCGAGACAAGGAGGAGAAGAGUUUGAGAGGGAAGCUGAAGGAUGCAACAUAUACCAUUCAACAAUUGGAAAAGCAACUCGAAGCAAUCAAGUCCGCCUAA